CUUAAAUCUUAAAAGACGUAGUGUGUGAAAACCGCUAACAAUACUUACCUAUAAAUUUUAGGGUUAAAAGUUAGGGUUUUAUUGAGAUGGAUAACCUGUCGACAACAACGGAAUCGUCGAUUAGGGUUUCGUGGAGUCCCGAAGAAGAUGAGUUGUUACAGAAGCUCGUGCAUCGUCAUGGAGCCCGGAACUGGUCUAUAAUAAGUAGAUCAGUCCCGGGAAGAUCGGCCAAGUCGUGUCGCCUCCGGUGGUGCAAUCAGCUGUCACCGGAGGUGGAACACCGACCAUUCACGGAUGAGGAAGACAAAAUCAUCGUACGAUCGCACCAAAAGUACGGAAACAAGUGGGCUACGAUUGCCAGACUACUUAACAGCCGUACUGAUAAUGCUAUCAAGAAUCAUUGGAAUUCGACUCUCAAGAGAAAGUGUUAUGAUUAUCGAGGACGAAGCAGUGAAGAAUCGGUGGUUGAAAGGCGAAAACGAGUUAAUGCGACGAUGAAUAUUCGAUUUAGCGAUGAACGUAGAUUGAGAUCGGAUGUAGAUCCGAAAGAUGUACCGAGUACAGAACUCAGUCUUUCUCAACCUGGGAUUUGUUCGAAUGAGUUAAGGAUUACUCACCAGAAUCGGACAAGUACUCACCAGAAUCGGACGAGUUAUCAUGAAAUAACCGAGUUUGACUCGUUCCAAUUGUUGUUGAAAGAGAUGGUGAGAGAGAAAGUGAAAGAGGAAGUGAGAAAUUAUAUGUUACAACUAGAAAAAAAAUAGGGAAUGUUUUGCAGAGUAAGUAAAGAGUUAUGAUAUCUUGUUUGGUUCAUUAGAAAGAGAGUAUU